AUGCCGAAACCUUCGGACGAAAAUCUGUGUUCCCUCGGGAAGAGGACACUCUCACCGCCCGACUCCUCACUCGACGAUCUGGAGCUCGAGAGCUGCAUCGAGGAGUUGGACAAUCUCGGCGACCUAACCGACAGCGGGCUGUCCCGGAAGCCGCAUUUUCUCGACUAUGACAACAAACCGCCGGCGGAGCUCGUCGAACAGCACCACAAAUGGAACGGCGUGGCUCUCGCGAACGAGGCGGCCACCGACGAGCCGGAAUGUGAGCCGCUGUAUAAACACGUUCCGGCUGAACCGGUACAGCCUCUGCCGGUGGUGCCACUCCUGCACAUGAACGUGUCCUACGAAGCGACAACGGCGCUGAAUAUCCUGCCGACGUCGACUACUAAAAAGCAACCACCCGCGGUUGGGUCCCGCGGUGGAACUUGGCCGCUAAAGGAGCGCGUUAGUGCGACCCGCCGACAACACCAUUCGUUGAAUCGCGACCUGGCGGAGGUUGGACCUAAAAUGGAAUGCGUUUACUCACUGCUGUCCAUGCUGGGUUCGACCAACGUGCUGGAGAUGUCGAGCAAAUUCCUUGAGCUGUCCCGGAACGAUGAGAAAUGUUCGGCAUUGCGUCGGUCCGGUUGCGUACCGCUGCUGGUGCACAUCAUCCACAAUGAGCCAAAUGAGGCAGCUCGCCGGAACGCCCGGCACGCGCUGGUGAACGUUAUCCGCUGCAAUGUGGACGAGACGUCCGUGAGACGUGAGUUGAAGGUACUGCGGCUCAUUGACCAGCUUAUCGACUACACGGAUCUGUUGAAGGAGCAGACUGCUGGGUCGGAACCGAGCGCAGAUCGCCAGACGGGAAUGUCGGGACCACCGGAACAGGAGCGUCAUCCGAUUCAGGCCAUCGGGACAUUGGCCAAAAUCAGCUACGACGAGGAGCACCGACAUGCGAUGUGCCAGUUUGGGGCACUGCAGACAAUUGCGUCACUGAUCCAGCUGGAUCACCUGGCACAUGGUCCGGUUCCGGAUGCACUCAAGUGCAUCGAGAUGCGCCGGUACGCGAGCAUGGUGUUGACCAACCUCACGUUCGGACAGGGCAAUAAUAAAGCGCUAUUGUGCGCGAAUCGCGAGUUCAUGCGUGCCCUGGUUGCUCAGCUCGAGUGUGCUGAGUUGGUGCAGGUAACCGCAUCCGUGUUGCGUAACCUUUCCUGGCGUGCGGACACCGUCACCAAACAGACACUGGUCGAAAUCGGCACGGUGAAGGUGUUGACAGAGGCCGCAAUGCGGUGUACGGUCGAGAACACGCUGAAGUCGAUCCUGUCCGCGCUGUGGAACCUUUCAAAUCACUGCUCGCAGAAUCGGUCACGCAUUUGCGAAGUAACCGGUGCACUCGAGUUCCUGAUCGAGCUGCUGACGUACGAGGCGCCGAGUAAGACGAUGAGCAUCGUGGAGAAUGCAGGCGGCAUCCUGCGCAACAUAUCUAGUCACAUCGCGCAGUGUGAGCCGUACCGGCGUGUGCUGCGUGAACGCAACUGCCUCAAGAUCCUGCUUGAUCAGCUAAAAUCACCCAGCUUAACGGUGGUGAGCAACGCUUGCGGAACACUCGGAAAUUUGUCGAGUGAUAACGGCGAGGAUCAGCAAUUCCUGCGGGAGAAUGGUGCCGUACCGAUGCUGCGGUCACUCAUCUACAGCAAGCACAACAUCAUCUCGAACGGGUCCCGGUUGGCGCUGAAAAAUCUCCAGAAUCGCCCAGUGACGGGUGUCGACCAGCAGCCCCCAGUAGUGGCCGCAUCGCUGACAAACGGUGGGGUUCUGCCGGUGAAAGGUGUCCCUACGGGCAAGACACCCGAACCGGUGGGAAAUGGAUUGCCAGGAUUAAACGUACGCAAGCAGCGCGCCAUGGAGCAAGAGCUUGGAUGUGCGUUUUACGCUCGCAAGGACGAAGACUUGAGUGAGGAUGAGAGCGCGGGUGGGAAGGUGUCUGACGAUGCCGAACCGGUGGAUCCGAGUGCGGUCCGCGUGGAGUUGGUGGACGAGCGAUUGGCUGCGGAACCGGAAACGCCCAUCAACUAUGGACUGAAGGAUGGAAUGCAGCAGUCAUCGUACGAUUACCAGGAAACGGAUAUCGAUCAGUUGACGGAUUACUCCCUGCGAUACGCCGAGAACCAGUCUGAGUCUGAGGACGAAAAGGGCGACACUUACCGGGCGGAUCCGGUGAACAUGUUGAUCCCGGAAGACUCGGUAAAGUGUUACUACACCGAGGGGACACCUCAGAUCAUCUCGAGUGCUACCUCGAUGAGUGACCUACGAGGAGCCUCCGUGGUUGGGGCCACUUCCGCCGCAGCCGGGACUGCUAGUGGAGUCAGUAAUGCUGGUGAUUCUUCGGCGGUUCCCUUUAAGCAACCGAGUGUUGUCAAGUCUAAUCCGAUUCCUAUAGGACGAGGUCAAGUAGCUGGGGAUGAUUUGGGUUGCAACACCCCCGAUAAACCGUACAAUUACUGCGAGGAAGGAACACCAGAUUUCAGUCGUGAUGCUUCGUUGGGAAUCCUGGAUCUGCCACACGAUGGUGGUGGAGGGAAACAACCUGAAGAAGAUGGUAAACCUGUUCCACCGGGAGUGGAUCUGCUUGAAGCGGUUGAUGCAACGGAGAGUGGCCUACCAGGACCGACCACCGGCAAAUCGGUGUCAUUUCUCAACACCGCCGAUGAAACACCACUUAUGUUCUCUCGCACCAGCUCGAUGGGGUCACUUUCGAGUGCGGAACCGGCUUGUACCGACGACAAGAGCUCCAUCGUGAGCGAGUUCAGUCGUAUGGCAUCUGGCGUGAUGUCUCCGUCGGAGUUACCCGAUUCACCGACUGAAACGGUGGCGCAUUCGCCUCGACGUUGUCCACCAAAAGAGAAACCGGUGCCUGAAAGACCUCCGGUAACGAGCGCAUUCGCGGACACCGUGAGCAAGUUCAACGUCGAGCAUACACCGGCUCAGUUCUCCUGCGCGACUAGUUUGAGUAAUUUGAGCAUUGAGCUGGAGGAUUCUCGCGAUGUUACCGUGGAAGAUGGAACUGGUGGGGAGCGGGUUGAUAGGCGCUCUUCUCCGGUGUUGCCCAAUCCGGCGGAGUUGCUAGCGAACGCGGGUGAGGUUGGCGAUGUUCCCGGAUCCGACGGAGAUUCGGAUGCUGGCGAGGAUGACGAACUGCUUGCGUCCUGCAUCAGUAUUGGAAUGAGCAGCGUGGUUGCUCGAAGUGCUGCGGCUAAAAAGAACCCACCGACAGCGACCUUUCCUCACCUGGCAACUGGCCAAUCGACGGGUGAACCGGUUGAUCCGGUGGAACCACAUUUCCUGCGGUACCGUGAGCGAGGAGGAGACGAUUCGGAUGAUAGCUCGAAUCUGUCGGAUAAUAACGACCGAUUGCUGGAGGAGUGUAUCUUGAGUGGAAUGCCAAAGCCGAAACAUCCGAUCGACGGGUUACAUCCGGGGUCGUUGUUACCGCGGCCACUACAGUUGGUCGACAGCGAGCGUGAUCCGUUUAAGAUGAUGCGAAAUCCGGUACACCUGCAGCCGUUGAUGGCCAAUGACGAGUUGAACCCGUUCCACGUUGAGGACAGUCCGUGUAAUUUCUCCACCGUUUCAACGUUGUCCGAGUUGACUGUUGCUUCCGACACGAUGGCGGUCCAACGGACACCUCGUGGCAGGAUGGAACCGAUCGCAACCGGGCUGGUUAGCUCACCGUCGAUUGAAUCCGAAGCGGACGAGUACAUUCUCGAUGAGGCCAUUCUGGCCGGGAUUGCUGGGAAAGGCGAUAAAGCGCACCAACGACGCAGCAAGAGCCACGGAACGGUUCCGGAACCGACGGGUGGCCAGAGACCACCGGCAGGUGGCAGUAUCCCAGAUGACUCGGAUCAAGAGGGCGAUUAUCAGCUGCUAGUGGAGUGCAUCCGGACAGGGAUGCGAUCGUCGAUGAAGCCACCGGAAGAACCCGUACCACGACCCGACCAGCAACCGGGCCCAUCCACGUUGCCGGCCGGUUCAAAAAACUUGCGCACUACGCCUGUGACGUCGAAGGAUGUCGGUGCCUGCGAAGCGUCAGCAGGCGUAGGAAAAGCGCGACCCAGUCGAACACCGCCAGUCGGUGGCCAACGUGUGGCCCCGAGCGAGCGGCUAGCGGGACGUUACCAGCGUGCAUCCAGCACCACCGACAACAGCCGCACCGGCCAACCCCCGGUGAGCAGCGGUUACAACAGCAACAACAACGCGGCCGGCACGUGUCCCGAGGUCACCAGGACGGAGAACGAAGGAAUUGGGUGUGAGGUUGGCGCCUUGUCCGGUCUGAGCAGCUGUUCCGGUGAAUCACAAGUGCUACCAGUCGAUCGGUACAUCGAUGGAGAGGCUUCGGUGGCGGACAAACACAAAAAUCCAGAGCUGAUGCUGCAGUCUGUAGAGCGUCUUACGCAGGCUUUGGUGUCACAGGCGGAGGAUGUGUGGGCAACACCGGCUUUGGAGCCAGCGCCGGUUCAGUUCAUGAUAGGUGCAUCGUUGAAGAAAUCGACCAACUGA